AAAAAAUAUUAGGGCCGGGCCAGAAGCCCACUAACGGCCCACGGGCUUCCAGUGUAGAAAAGAUUAAAUCGUGCUCUCUGAUUCGAAAGUAGCAGAAACGAACACAGUUUCGCUAUUUCUCACCCGUUGUCGAUGUAGAUUGUAGAGAGAGCAGAGGAGGAAGCAGUGAAAUCAGAAUACACAGCAUCAAUGGCGUCGACGGAUUUCUUCGAAUAUUUCGAUCCCCGAUUGAUCGAAUCACUGGAGAACUGCUUCGGAUACGCCUACAAAGCCUAUCCCGUUCUCGAAGACGAGAACGGUCUCAUCCGCUCCGACAUCCAGCCGGAAGACGAUCAGCCGCCGUCGCCGGUCACGCCACUACCUCCGCCGCCUCCUUCCGCUUCCUCAGUUUCGUUGAUCGUCGUCUUCGACGUGCUCAAUUUAGUACCGGCGCCGCUGGAUCACUGCCUCGUCAACCGCCGCACCUGGUUCUCGCGCCUGCCUCUCGAGAAAAUCCUUCCCCCCAGAUCGCCGUCGGAGGAACCGGACGACGAAAAUCAGAAGCCACCGCGUACGCGCCAAUCGUCCACUCAAUUGGAGCGCGCGACGGAGUUCGUGAAUCGGCUGGUGGAGGAAUCGAGGCUCGAAUUGCCGAAGGACAUCGUGGAAGGGAUCGCUCGAGUGAUUGUGGAGAGCGUGCCUAGGGAUUCGCGCUUCAUCUUCCGGCCGGAGCUUCCGGUGGCGGUGAACGUCGUGAUUUCGUCUCCGCAUCCGGUUCUCCCCUGCGGCGAGCGCGAUUCGAGUUCGUCGCCGCCGGUCGAUGUGAAAUUCGAGGCGGACGUCGAGGCGCUGUCGUCGAGCGGGCUCCGAGUCCCUGCUUCGGAGUCCGCAAUCGAGAGUUUGGAGACGGUGGCGGCGGAGGCGGGGGAAUUUCGAUCGGAGGAGCGCGGAUGCGCGAUUUGCUUGCAGGACCUGGCCGGAUCGCCCGGGGCGGUGAAGCGGCUGCCGUGUUGCCACGUGUUCCAUCACGAUUGUCUCGUGAAGUGGCUGCGUUUCCACCACACAUGUCCCCUGUGCCGCUCGGCUUUGCCCAUGGAUUUGGAAUUCGCUCGAAGAGAACUGCUGCGGAGGAUCUGUUGAUGGUCAUUGCUCCAUUACUGGUUUGUUUCCAUCUUUUCCUAUUGCUUGUUGUGAACUUUCUUAGAGCAGAAAAACUGUAAAUGACUGUUGACUGUGCCCACCAACUGGACUUGGUCUAGAAGUCUGGUUGUACAUAAAUAACUGAUGUACAAAGUGAUUAGUGUUUCAUCAGGUCUGAACUUGUUCGAACAGGUGGUGUAAAAGUGAUUACAAAACACAAUCAUAUCUGAUCUUCUUGGAAGAAUCUGCAUGUGUUAUGUGGAAUUAUCUAGUUAUCAUCAGCAUUGUUGUUAUUGUGAUUGCAGAACAAAUCCCUUUAUUUUGUGUUUGGUGUAUAGGUUGGUAUAAUGUUACAUUCAGACUUGGUUCACAAGCUGUAAACUCAUUUUGUGCUGGAGUUUUCUCCUUUCCUUGUGAUGAAUAAAACUAGUUGUUCAUCAUCGGGAAGAAAAUUGUGAUUAGUCCUAUUUGGUUGCCUCUUCUACUAAUUGUGUAGUCAGUAAUUUGAUUCUCAUAUGAAAGCUCAUGUCGUGGUCGCUUACCGUUUUCGUGUUCUAUAAGUUUUUUGUUUGGAGAUGUGCUAAUGGGGCUCUUGCAACUAGAGACAGACUCUUUAGACCUCACUGCUCUUCUUCAUCAAAUAUGUCCUGUCUGUGAAUCGUUACGGGAAGGUCUUACGAGGCAGCAAUUCGUGGCUGCCCUCGACAUGCUCUAAUGCCAUGUUGGUCCUCGAUCAAUGGUCUACUUGCCUUCAGCAUUCAGCUCAUCUUAAUUUGUCCCUUGAGCUCACGGAUACCCACCUUCAACCUGCUCCGCCGCCAGGCAAUCUCGCUCCUGAGAUUCACUGUGAUGGAUCGUUCUUUAACUGAUUCUCAGGAGACGACAUUUGGCAUUGUCGUUAUUAAUAACUAAUAACCAUGGACAAGUGACAGAUGGGAAAGCUGGGAAAUUUGUUGUGCAACUCCAUUGGAAGCAGAAGCUAAAAGCUAUGCUGGAAGGGCUCACAACUGCAAUUGUCCUUAGUUCUUCUCGUUACUCAUCUGAAAAAUGGCACUGGAGAAUUUCUGCGUUGUUUUGGUGAUUUUCUUCUUCUUCGGACAACCCUCUCCCUGUCUUCCAGUCAGCUUAUGAUCAUCUGCACUACUCAUUCAUUCACAGAGUUUAACGUUCUCUCCCGUUCCCCUUUCUCUCUUGUUGUUGAUGUCAUAUUUAUGUGAACCUGGUGUUCCAAAUUUUCUAUGGAGCUGUGAUUCUAAUUGCUAUAAGCUUGUGUUUGUUUCAUUAUAGAUAAUCAUGACAUAUUUUACUUGUAGUUGAGGUAAGUUAAAUCAUGAAUUAAUUAUUGAAAUUGAGUUUAUGUAAAAAAGUGUUGUAAAAUUGUUAUGAUCUCUUAAAACGCCUGCCUGGUACCAUAUUGAACUUUGAUUAAUAUAUUUUUACUAUCAUAUAUUUAGACAGUCAUUGUACAUUACGAUAUAUUUAUACUAUCAUAUACGAUUAUUUAUACCAUUAUGUUACACUUCCAUUACUAUCAUGAUAUAAUCUUAUGUUCAACAAAAAAAAUUCCACUAUGAUAUACAAAUACUAGUUUUUUACCCGCCCGUUGAGCGGUACAUUACAUUUGAUUAUUUUAAAAUUCGUUAUAGUAUUUGUUGAUUUAAUAUACAUGAAAUUGUAAAUCUCGCUUAUCUUAUUUAGGUAAUGUUUCAUACUUCUAUACCUUUUUUAUUUGUGAAAAAUUAAUUGUAUUAACUGAGCUCUUUGUAGACCGUUCUUUAUUGAUUUAAAAUUUUGUAUCGAACUCAAAAAAGUGAUAAAGAAGUUAAAAAAUGUAAGGUAAAAAAACGAAGAAGUAAGGAUAAGAUAAUAGGAUUCAAUUAAUAAAAAAAAUAAGUAAAG